AUGGGAAAGACAAAGGUGUUCCUGAAGUAUUACCAUGUGGAGCAGCUGAACUUGAUGGUGCAGCAGACCACCCGCCGCGUGGUCCUGCUCCAGGCCUGUGUCCGUGGCUGGAUGAUCGCCAAACGCUACCGUCGCACGUUGAAGGAGAGAGAAAACAGCGCUCUGGUCCUUCAGUCAGCUUACAGAGGUCACCAAGUCCGAAAGAAAGUGGCCGACGAUAAAAGCAAAUCCAAGUUGGAGGCCUUCGUCACGCAGUUCCAGGCCGUUUGUCGGAGCUAUCUCGCCAGAAGGAAAUACAAAGAGCUGGUGGAGGAGAAGAACAAAGCUGCCACAAAGAUUCAAGCUCGAUACAGAGGCCACAGGGAGAGGAAGAGCGUCCAGAGGAAACGGGAGGCCAUUGAAAAAGAAAAAGCUGAGAAAACAGCUCAAGAAGAAUCCGAAAAGGCUUCUGCGGAAGAACUAACAACAGACGAGAAGAAGGCAGACCAGGUCCACACCGAGGCGGAGGAGGAGGAGGAGGCCAAGGCCGCUGUGGUGCUCCAGAGCAACUUCAGGGGGCAUCAGGAGCGGAAAAGGUUCAAGGAGAGGAAGAAGACCAUGGCUGGAGCCGAGCUGGAAAUACCGAGCGAGGCCACGGAGCGAGGGGGCAGCGACGAGGCAGCGGCGGUGUCUGAACAGGACGAGGAAGAAAGUCCGAGCGACGACAGCGACCACACGCUCACGGAGGUGGAAGAAGACACUGUUGUUGAGGAUGUCUCGCAAGAAGAAGAAGCAAAGCAAGACGGCGAUUUGCAAGACGAAACUAAAGCCGCUACCGUCAUCCAGAGCAAUUUCAGAGGCCACAAGGAGAGGAAAAGGCUACAAGAAGAAGGCAAGAUUCCGGCGAAGAAAAGCAAAGGGUCUGUAGCUGUGGCAGAGGAAGUUACUAGCGAGGAACAAGGUGCGACCGAAGCUAACGGAGAAACGAACGAUGAGGACGAAGCCAAGGCUGCAGUGGUGCUACAAAGCAAUUUCCGCGGGCACAAAGAGCGCAAACGUCUGGAAGAGGAAGGGAAAAUACCCAAGAAGAAGAACAAGGAAGCAGAAUCGGCGAGACCAGAAGAGGAGAGCGAGGAUGGACCCUUGGAUGGAGAACCGGCGGAGGACGAGGAGGGACCGGACGAAGAGAGAGCUGCUACUGUACUGCAGAGCAACUUCAGAGGUCAUCAAGAGAGGAAGAAGCUGAGAGCGGAGAGGGAGGAGAAGGAGAAGGAGAAAGCAGAGGAGAUGGAAGACGAAGGAGAGGUGGAUGUCGAGGAUGUCACGAUCGAGCGAAAAGACAAAACCGAGGAGGAAGAGGAGGAGGAGGAGAGGAGAGAGGAGGAGCAGGCCGCCGUCAAGAUCCAGAGCCACUUCAGGGGACACAAGGAGAGAAAGAACCUCAAAGCCAAUCAGCAAGGUGCACACAACCAAGCCCAGCAGUUAGAAGAGUUCUCCAAAGAGAUCUCGCAGACGUCCCAGGGCUUCGCGACCCUGCAGCACAAACUGAACGAGAUGCUCCAGGCCCAUCAAUCAAAGCCGGAGAAGAGCGGCGUGUUUGUGAAAGGGAAUAACACGGUGAACGGCCACGCUCCUCCGAACGCCCAAUCAGCGAUCCAAGCUCCUGUUUCAGCAGAGAAGAGGACCUCGAGGACCCCCCGGAGGUCACAGCAGCCCAAGACUCUGGACUCCCUGGAGGACUCCACGUACUACAACCUCAUCCACCGUUCAGUCCAUGAUGAUAAACGCAAACCGCGGAAAGACGGACCUGGAAAGUUGCUGGACGUGGAUGACCAGUACUACCCCGGCCUGUCCCCCAGCUCCACACCGGAGAGGGCCCACUCUGAGGAGAGGCCUGAGUCUGGGAGCUCCGGCAGCAGGAGUGGGUCCCCAGAGAAGGACCAGCGAGAGAGGGCCCUGACCGAACAGCUGCCUCCGAAACGCAACCAGGACAACAGGCGGUCACUUCCCAGAAUGACCUCCACCGGCUCCUCGCUGUCCUCCGCCGAUGACAACCCCUACGACUUUAGGCACCUGCUGAGGAAGACUUCGCAGAGACGGAGGCUGAUAAAGCAACUGGUGACGCCCCGCCAGCGCCUGGAGGUGGGAGCCGUGUGCGCGUCAUGUAUUUUAGCCAAGAGUCCUGAAGGCGGCCGCUUCCUCCUGGAGGCUGCGAAGUCCCUGGUCUGCCGCAGCUUGUGGACCACACCGGCGCUGCUCUGCCUGUAUGGAGGAGGCUGA